AUGGGUGCCCCCUCGCCCAUGGCCGAGAUGGGCUUCGGGAGGAGGGGUCCGUCGGCCCUGUGGGUCCUCGUGCUGACUGUCGGCCUCGGCCAACUGCUGGGCCUCGGCCAGGACGAGUCCAGGAACCCGGAGCAGCCCCCCGGCUACCACUACAAGGCAGACCCUCAGCCAGUACCCCAAGGGGAUGCCCCCAGAGAGCUCAGCCACCCCCAUAGCACCCAUCCCCCCAAGAUAAAAGCCCUGAACCCCACCCACGGGGGCCAGGUGUGCAGCACAUGGGGGGCCUUCCACUACAAGACGUUCGACGGUGCCAUCUUCCGCUUCCCCGGUCUCUGCAACUACAUCUUGGCCGCCCACUGCCGUGCCCCGUACGAGGACUUCAACAUCCAAAUCCGCCGGGCCCCGGGCUCCAACUCCACCGCCAUCCACCGGGUCGUCCUCAAGCUCGAAGGGACCGUGGUGGAAAUGACCCCCGGCUCCGUCGUGGUCAACAGCAAACUAGUCCAGCUGCCCCACAGCCAGUCCAGGGUCCUGGUGGAGCAGAGCAGUGGGUAUGUGAAAGUCGUAGCCAAGCUGGGCCUUCUCUUCCUGUGGAACCAAGAGGAUGCUCUUCUGCUGGAACUGUACUCCAAAUACGCCAACCAGACCUGUGGACUCUGUGGGGAUUUCAACGGACUCCCGGACUACAAUGAAUUCUUCUCCAACAAUAUCCAACUGAGCCCCUUGGAGUUUGGGAACCUUCAGAAGAUGGACGGACCCCUGGAGCAGUGCCAGGAUCCAGCCCCCUCCUCCUCAACCAACUGCACCGAGAAAUCACCCCCCACCCCCCAGGACCCCUGCAGUCAGAUCCUGAAGGGCUUGCCCUUCUCCGCCUGCCACGGCCUCGUGGACGUCGACGACUACAUCGAAGCCUGCCGGCAGGACACGUGUCUCUGCACCCCAGGCCUCGCCCCCACUCCCACCCCGGCCUGCGCUUGCAGCACCUUCUCUGAGUACUCCAGGCAGUGUGUCCAUGCUGGAGGGCGACCCCGGGCCUGGAGGACCCCCAAACUGUGCCCCAAGAAGUGUCCGCCCACGAUGCGCUACGAGGAGUGCGGGUCUCCUUGCCCCGACUCCUGCUCCAAUCCCGAGCGCAGCCAGCUCUGCGAAGACCACUGCAUGGAUGGAUGCUUCUGCCCCCCAGGCACUGUAUUGGAUGACAUCACUGGGCGGGAGUGUGUCCCAGUGGCACAGUGCCACUGCACCUUCAAUGGCAAGACGUUUGCCCCAGGCUCCCAGUACACGACAGACUGCAGUUCCUGUUCCUGCUCCAGUGGGCGCUGGGACUGCACGUGGCAGCCGUGCCCGGGCAUGUGCUCAGUGGAAGGUGGCUCGCACGUGUCUUCAUUCGACGAGAAGCACUACACCAUCCACGGUGACUGUACCUAUGUCCUGGCCAAGUCCUGCGGGAAAGACGACUUCACCGUCCUGGGGGAAAUACGCAAGUGUGGACUAACAGACAGUGAAACCUGCCUGAGGAGCGUGGGGCUGAUCCUGGCCGGAGGGUUGACCACCAUCGUCAUCACACCGAGCGGGGAGGUGUUUAUCAACGGGGUCUACACCAUGCUGCCCAUCUCCACUGCUAACAUGACUCUGUUCAGACCGACCACCUUCUUCAUCAUCGCCCACUCGGCCCUGGGCCUCCAGGUGGACGUGCAGCUCGUUCCCAUCAUGCAAGUGUUUGUAAGGCUGCAGCCCCAGUUCCGGGACCUGACCUGUGGUCUUUGUGGAAACUUCAACCAGAACCAGGCGGAUGAUUUUAGGGCAGUGAGUGGUGUGGUGGAAGCCACAGCGGCCGCCUUCGCCAACACCUGGAAGACGCGGGCCGACUGCCCCAACGUCCAGAACCUCUUCGAGAACCCGUGUGCCCUCAGCGUGGACAACGAGAAAUUUGCCGAGCACUGGUGUGCUCUCCUCACAGACGCCCACGGCCCCUUCGCCCCCUGUCACUCCGUGGUCAACCCAUCCGUUCACUACUCGAACUGCAUGUUCGACACCUGCACCUGCGAGAGGAGCGAGGAUUGCCUGUGCGCGGCCUGGUCCUCCUACGUGAGGGCCUGUGCUGGACGUGGCAUCCUGCUGCGGGGCUGGAGGGGCCACGGUGUCUGCGGGAAGGCCGUAACGUCAUGCCCCAAGUCCCUCGUGUACCGCUAUCACAUCCGCACGUGCCCACCCACCUGCCGGGCACUGAGCCAGCCGGACGUUACGUGUGCGGUCCCCUUCGUCCCCGUGGAUGGCUGCACCUGCGCCAACGGCACCUACCUGGAUGCUGACGGCCAGUGCGUGCCCGCUGCCAGCUGCCCCUGCUAUCACCACGGGGUGUCCGUGCCCGCCGGCCAGGCCUUCCACCAGAACGGUGCCAUCUGCACGUGUACUCGGGGUAUGCUGAACUGCAUUGGCGGAGAUGCCACCUUGGGCACCACGACAGCCUGCACCGCCCCGCAAGUCUACUUUGACUGUCAAAAUGCCCCGGCGGGGACUCCCGGCGCCGAGUGCCAGAAGAGCUGCUUCACCCUGGACAUGGCCUGCUACAGCACGAGUUGCAUGUCCGGCUGUGUGUGCCCCGGUGGGCUGGUGUCGGAUGGGAAAGGAGGCUGCAUCGCCCCGGAGGCCUGUCCAUGCGUCCACAACGAGGCCAGCUACAGCCCGGGGGAGACCAUCAGGGUGGACUGCAACACCUGCACCUGCAAGGCCCGGCUGUGGGAGUGUACCACCAGAGUCUGCCGGGCCUCCUGCACCGUCUACGGGGACGGUCACUACAUCACCUUCGACGGACACCGCUACAGCUUCAGUGGACACUGUCAGUACACCCUGGUCCAGGACCACUGCGGGAGAAAUGGCAGUGCCCUGGGCGCCUUCCGUGUCAUCACCGAGAAUGUGCCCUGUGGCACCACGGGUCUGACCUGCUCCAAGGCCAUCAAGAUCUUUUUUGGGGGUGCCGAGCUAAGGCUGAGCGAUGGGGCAGUGGAGGUAUCGCGACCGGGGGUCGGCGGUGGGGGCGAGACCCCCUUCAUCAUCCGGCAGCGGGGCCUGUUCUUGAUGCUGGAGGAGGCCGGAAGAGGAGGUGGCCGCGGGGACCGCGGGCUGGUCCUCACCUGGGACCGGAAGACCAGCUUGACUGUGACACUGGGCCCAAGCUACAAGGGCCGGGUGUGCGGGCUGUGCGGCAACUUUGAUGACCACGGGGGCAACGAUCUGACGACACGAAGCGGUUCUGUGGUGGGUGACGUACGGGAGUUCGGCAACAGCUGGAAAUCGUCUCCCUCCUGCCCGGACGCCGUGACUCCCGGAGACCCCUGCGCCGCCAACCCCUACCGCAGGGCCUGGGCCCACCGACGCUGUGCCAUCCUCCACAGUGAUGUCUUUGUCCUCUGCCACCGCCAGGUGGAGCCGUCGAGGUUCUACGAGGCCUGCGUGAGCGACGCGUGCGCCUGCGACAGCGGCGGGGACUGUGAGUGUUUCUGCACCGCCGUGGCCGCCUAUGCCCGGGCCUGCAACCAGGUCGGGGUCUGCGUCUCCUGGAGGACCCCCGACAUCUGCCCCCUGUUCUGUGAUUACUACAACCCCAAGGGUGAGUGUGAGUGGCACUACCAGCCGUGCGGUGCCGCCUGCAUGAAGACCUGCCGUAAUCCCACCGGGAAGUGUCUGGAAGACGCACAAGGCCUGGAAGGCUGCUACCCCACGUGCCCCCCGGAGGCACCCCUCUUCGACGAGGACCAGAUGAAAUGCGUCCAGACCUGCGGCUGCAUAUCCCGGGAGCAGUACUACAAGCCGGGGGCCAGGGUGGACACCGGCAAGAACUGCCACACGUGCACGUGCAGAGAGAACAACCACAUGGAGUGCAAGUAUGACCCCAAGGAGUGUACCUGCACGUUCCAAGGCCGGACCUUCGCCCCGGGAGAGGUCAUCUACCACACCUCGGACGGCACGGGCGGCUGCCUGAUCGCCCGGUGCGGCCGAGACGGAGCCAUCCUCAGGAACGUGUCCGCCUGCCCUGCCACCUCCUCCCCGAUGGCCACCUUCUCCUUCUCCAGCAGCGUGGGAGCCUCUCUGAAGACAAUGGGCACCACCAGUACCGCAACCGGGCCCUCAACUACAUCCGGAACCGUACCAGGAAUUGCAGCCAUAACCUCACCUGGAACGGCACCCGGGACCACAACCGCACUCGGAACCGCAACAGGAGCCGCAUCCACAUCCGAAAACACAAUCACACCUGAGCAUACAUCUGGAAUCACACCCCAGCACCCACCCGGCAUCCCACCUGGGGACACACUUGAACUGACAGCUGGGCACACACCAGGAAUCACGCCUGUGAACACAAUCAGAAUCACACCUGGAAUCGCACCUGGGAACACAACUGGAAUCCCACCUGGGAACAAGCUUGGAAUCAUACCUGGGCAAACACCUGGAAUCACGCCUGUGAACACAAUCAGAAUCACACCUGGAAUCACACCUGGGAACACACCUGGAAUCCCACCUGGGAACACGCUUGGAAUCAUACCUGGGCACACACCUGGAAUCACGCCUGUGAACACAAUCAGAAUCACACCUGGACACACACCCAGAAUCACGCCUGAGAACACACUUCGAACCACACCCGGGCACACAUCUGGAAUCACACCCAGCAACACACUCGGAAUCACACCUGGGAACACACCUGGAAUCAUGUUUGGGAACACAAUCAGAAUCACAACCGGGCACACACCGGGAAUCGCACCUGAGAACACACUUGGAAUCACAUCCAUGCACACACCUGGAAUCACACCUGAGCACACACCUGGAAUCCCAUUCAGUGUCACAUCUGGAAACACCCCAGGAACGACGCUCCGUGUCACAUCUGGAAUCCCACCCAGUGUCACACCUAGAAGCACACUCAGUGUCACACCUGGAAUCACCCCCAGUGCCACACCAGGAACAACUCUCAGCCUCACACCUGGAAUCCAACUCAGUGCCACAGCAGGAGCCACACUUGGCGUCACACCUAGAAACACCCUCAGGGCCACACCUGGAACCAAACUCAGUACACCUGGAAUCACAUUCAGCGUCACACCUAGAAACACACUCAGGGGCACACCCGGAAUGGUCCAGGGAGCCCCACUGGAAACUUUCCCCCUUGACACCCUGAGAAGCAGCCCUCUCCCCAGCCCACCGAGUCCCCCCACACCAGGGGGCUGCACGCGGGACCUUUGCAGCUGGUCCCCAUGGCUGGACGUGAGCCUUCCAGGCCGGGGGAACAGCAGCGGCGAUUUUGAGACAUGGGAGAACAUCCGGGCGGCGGGGCACCGGGUUUGCGAGACCCCCGCGGGGGUCCGGUGCAGGGCGGCAGAUGCCCCCGAAGCCCCGCUGGGCACCCCGGGAAGACAGGUGGAGUGCAGUGUGGCCUCCGGCCUGCUCUGCUUUAACAGAGACCAGGCCUCAGGCGUGUGUGCCAACUACCAGAUCCAGGUGCUGUGCUGCCACCGGGAGCCGUGCCCUUCGCCGAUGACGGGCACGACCGUCCCCACGACGCCUUGCUCCCAUCGCGUCUGUGGAUGGACGGCGUGGCUGGACUCCAGCUACCCCAGGCCCGGGCGAGGCGGAGGUGACUUUGAGACACUGGAGAACCUGAGGGCCGGCGGACACCCUGUGUGUGCCACCCCGGAGGGCGUGGAGUGCCGGGCCCGGGCCUUGCCCGACGUCCCGCUGGAGGACCUUGGCCAGCGGGUGCUGUGUCACCCGACCGUUGGGCUGCUGUGCCACAAUGAUGACCAGGUGCCCCCCGUCUGCUACAACUAUGAGGUCCGGCUCCGCUGCUGCCAGGAGGUGGAGGGCUGCCCACCAGAGACCCCGGCAUCCACCGGCCAUCGCCUCCCUCCGACGGGCGAACCGGGCCCGGCCUGCGAGCCCACCUGCUCCUGGACUCAGUGGUUCGACGUGGACUUCCCGUCGCCUGGCCCCGGUGGUGGGGACAUCGAGACCUAUGCCCACAUCGCAGCCAGAGGGGGACGUCUCUGCCCCCCAGCAGGCCGCAUCUCCCGCCUCCAGUGCCGGGCACGGGACCACCCGGACCUCGGCCUUGACGGCCUGGGGCAGGUGGUGACCUGUGACCCCGAAUUCGGGCUCGUGUGCAAGAACCAGGACCAGGCCGGAGGGGGUGGUUUGUGCCUCAACUACGAGAUCCGGGUGAUGUGUUGUGAGCCCCAUCAGGCCUGCUCCUCUCCCUCCCCCCCAGGGGGGUCUGCGCCCACCCCCCACCUCACUCCUCCACCUGGGACUCCCACCGCCACCUGCUUCUGCCACGUGUUUAGGAAGUUGCAUCCACAGGGGAGCCUGGUGUACAACCGGACGGACGGUUCCGGGCACUGCUACCUGGCCAUCUGUGGGGCCGACUGUGCCAUCGAGAGGGUGGCGCUGCCAUGCCACUCCACAGGGCCCGCAUCCUCCUCUCUGGACGUGGCUGCCCCGGAGACCCCGACCUCCUCCGUGACCCCGACAACGUCCAUGGCCCUGACCGCCACCACUGCCACCUCCGCCACUCCCAAGGCCCCAACCUUUACUGCUGCUGAGACCUCAACUUCUGCCUCCGCCUGGCCCCCAACCCCUGCCCCUGCUGGGACCCCAACCAUCCUUGGGACCCCACCCCCCACCCCCAUCAGGCUCCCAACCCCUGCCGCGGUCGGGCCCCUGACCUCUGCCACCCCUAAGGCCCCAAUCUCCACCCUCACUGGGACCCCAACUUCCAUCGCUGCUGGAACCCCGAACUCUGCCACUGUUGGGACUCCAACUUUUGGCACCGCCGCCACCACCACCACCAUCGCCACCGGCUGCAACAACAUCUUCCCGGCCCGGAAGAGAGGAGAGAGCUGGCCUGUGAGCGCUUGCCAGACGGCCACCUGCAAGGGCGACAACGUGGUGACCCUGACGCCCCUGCCGUGCCCUCCCACCGAGCCCAUCCGCUGUGCCAGCGGGUACCCACCCCUUGAAGUGCUCGGGGAUGACGGCUGCUGCUUCCGCUACGAGUGCCCGUGUGUCUGCUCUGGCUGGGGAGACCCCCACUACAUCACCUUUGACGGCGUCUACUACACGUUCCUGGACAACUGCACUUACGUGUUGGUGCAGGAAAUCCAGCCCAAGUGGGGUCCCUUCCGUGUGCUGGUGGACAACUCAUUCUGCAGUGCCCGGGAUGGCUUCUCUUGCCCCCACACCCUCAUCAUCCAGUACAAGGCCAACACCAUCAUCCUGACCAGUGGGCCGGGCCGCGGGCUGACCGCCAACAAGAUCAUCUUCAACAACAAGACCGUGUCCCCUGGCUACCACUGGGAUGGAGUCGCCAUUUCCUCCGCCGGGGUGAAGGUGAUAGUGUCCAUCCCAGCCCUUGGAGCGCACAUUAUGUUCAGCAGUCUGAUCUUCUCCAUCGAACUGCCCUUCAGCAAAUUCGGCCACAACACGGAAGGCCAGUGUGGCACGUGCAGCAACAACCAAACGGAUGAGUGUCGGCAGCCGGACGGGAAGACAUCGCGGUCGUGCUCAUCGAUGGCCGCCCUCUGGAAGCACAGCAGCAGCCGGGGGUCCCCCUGUCUGCUCCACCCGGGGCCCGUGCCCACCUCCCAGCCCUGCUCGGGACCCUCGCCCACCUGCCAGCUCAUCCUCAGCCAGGUCUUCUCCCCAUGCCACGGGGCCGUCCCACCGGGGCCCUUCCUGGAGGGCUGCGUGUUCGACGAGUGCCACGGCAUGGACCCCCGAGUGGGCUGCUUGGCCCUGGAGCUGUACGCUGCCCGGUGCGCUGUCCGGGGCAUCUGCGUUCCCUGGAGGGACCAGGCCAAGGACCAGUGUCCCUUCUGGUGCCCAGACGACAAGGUGUACCAGCCGUGCGGCCCCGUCAACCCUCCGUCAUGCCAGUCUUCGGGUCAGAGAGCCGACAACCCCUAUCUGCCUCCGCAGGCCGGUGCCCAGCGGCCUGCCCCCGUGACAGAGGGCUGCUUCUGCCCGCCUGGCACCCAGCUGCUCAGUGCCAAGGGGGGGCACUGCACCCCUUCCUGCGCUCUGUGCUGGGACGCCCAGGGAAAGCCGGUCCCGGUCGGGAAGACCUGGACGGUCGCGUGCAAGGAGUGUACGUGUGACGGUGCCACCCUGAGAGUGACCUGCUCCCCGCGGGUCUGCCCACCCCACGACCCCCUCACCUGCCAAGGCCCGGGGCGUGCCCUGCUGCCCGCGCUCAACCAGGAGGACGCCUGCUGCCCCCAGUACCAGUGCUUUCCUGGAUGUACCGUCAAUGGCACAUUCUACCAGCCUGGAGCGGGGGUCCCCGGGGGAGCCUGCGAGCGCUGCAGCUGCGAUCAGGACCACGUGGUCCGGUGUCGGCCCAUCUCCUGCGACAUCUCCUGCCCGGAGGGCUUCGAGUACCGAGCCAGGAGCGGGCACUGCUGCGGCUCUUGCCACCACGUGGCAUGCUCCCUGAAGGCGCAGAACGGCUCCCUCCACCUGCUCCAGCCGGGGGACGUCUGGUCCGACCCCGGAAACGGCUGCGUCAAGUAUCGCUGUGAAAAGGUGCACAACCAGCUAGUUCUGGUGACCGAGAAGAUGGUGUGCCCGACCUUUGACCCCAACACCUGCCCUCUCGAGAGCGUGACCACGACCGAAGACGGCUGCUGUCAGAUCUGUUCGCCCCACAGACAGGACCGAUGCGCCGUCCAGAAACUGACCCUGCCGGUCACCCAGCACGGAUGCCGGGCCGCCACCCCCGUGGACUUCACCUUCUGCAAGGGCAGCUGCAAGGAUACGGCCUCCAUCAGGUACUCCCUGGAUGCUCUCACCAUCCUCAGGCAGUGCAUUUGCUGCCAAGAGCAGGAGACAGAGCAGCGGAACGUGGCCCUUCACUGCCCCGACGGGUCCAGCCAGACCUACUCCUACAUUUACGUCAGGGCCUGCACUUGCGUCCAGGCCUCCUGCCACGCACCUCCACCCGCGCCUGCCCUGGCCCGAGCCCCACGUGCGGAGGUUGGUCAUUCAUUGGAGGAAGAAGACGAGGAGGAGGAGGAGGAGGAGGAGGGCUUCCACUGACGCCUGGUCCAAGCUCAAAGGCAUCUUCCCAUUUCUUUUUCGGGCCUUCAGGACAUCUCUCUGCGCUCCCCGGCUUCUUUUCUGCUUCCUUGAGCCCCCUCAGCAUCUCCUGGCAAAAUCCUCUGAGGGUCACCCGGCCCGGAUCAGAAUUCAUUCAUUCAUUCCUUCAAUCACAUUUAUUGAGCGCCUACUGGGUGCAAAGCA